GCCUCAUUGAUAAGUAUAUAUCGGGCGGCCGUAAGGCCCAGAAAGUGGCCUGAAUAUGGAUCCACCAAAUUAUUCUAUUGUGAUUGCAGUAUUUGCUGCAAUUCUAGUGGCGUCUUUAUUCAGAAUUUGGGUGACAAAGGAGAAGCAGCAGAAGAAGAAGUAUCAUCCCAUCGGCGGCACAAUCUUCCAUCUCUUGUAUAAUUUCCGCCGUUUUUACGACUACUUGACUGACCUCACUCACAAAAACACCACUUUCAGAAUACUGUAUCUCGAUAAUGUCGAAAUCUACACUUGCGAUCCCGCAAACAUUGAGUACUUUCUCAAAACUAAUUUCGCAAACUACGGCAAGGGCUCGUUCCACCACGACAUCUUGGAAGAUCUCCUCGGAGAUGGGAUUUUCACGGUGGACGGCGAGAGGUGGCGCCACCAGAGGAAGAUGUCCAGCUACGAAUUCUCCACCAGAAACCUCCGAGAAUUCAGCAGCGGCGUCUUCAAGACUAACGCAGCUAAACUUGCCCAUUUACUCUCCGCAGCUGUCGCGUCAAAUCAGACCGUUGAAAUUCAGGAUUUGUUCAUGAAAUCCUCACUGGACUCUGUGUUCAAGGUCGUACUGGGCGUUGAUCUAGAGAGCAUGCGCGGAGCAAACCAAGGAGACCAGUUUUCCAAGGCUUUCGACCAAGCAAGUGAGAUGACAACUCUUCGAUACGUGGAUAUCAGCUGGCCUAUCAAGAAGUUUCUUAACGUCGGAUCAGAAGCCACGCUUAGAAAGUGUAUGAAAGUAGUCGACGCCUUCGUUUACAAAGUCAUCGACAACAAGAUUGCACAAGAACAAGCUAGUGGCAAAGGCGAUAUUCUGUCGAGGUUUCUUGAGAUGCAGGAAACAGAUCCCAAGUACCUCAAGGACAUAAUCUUGAGCUUCAUAAUUGCUGGCAAGGACACAACAGCCAGCACUCUCUCAUGGUUUUUCUACAUGAUGUGCAAGCAUCCUCACUUACAGGACAAGGUUCUAGAAGAAGUGCGCGCCGCAACGGAGCUAGACCAGCGUUCUGCCAUCGAUGACAUAGCUACGAGUAUCACAGAAGCAGCACUCGACAAGAUGCAGUUUCUCCACGCUGCUCUCACCGAGACUCUCAGGCUUUAUCCUGCUGUUCCAUCCGAUGGGAAGAUGUGUUUUGCAGAUGAUACUUUCCCUGAUGGAUUCAGUGUGAAGAAAGGGAAUUUGGUGUCCUACGUACCUUACUCUAUGGGAAGGAUGAAAUCUUUGUGGGGUGACGAUGCAGAGGAGUUUAAGCCGGAGAGAUGGCUUGAUCACAACGGCGUUUUCCAGCAACAAAGCCCGUUUAAGUUCACAGCUUUUCAAGGAGGUCCAAGAAUCUGUCUAGGGAAAGAGUUUGCUUACAGACAGAUGAAGGUUUUUGCAUCUGUGUUGCUCGCUGCCUUCUCGUUUAAGUUGGCAGAUGAAUCAGAACCUGUAACGUAUCGACCAAUGCUAACACUUCAGAUUGAUGGGGGCCUUCAUCUCACUGCUGCUUUUAGGAUUAAGCACCAAGAAACAAUGGAGGAAGCUUCUCUUUGAGCAUACGCUCUAUAUAUAUUGUUUGGUAAAAUGGUGCCUUUCUUUCUUCUGUAUGUUUUGCUUUUCUGUUAAUGUUUGGGCAUUUAAACACAGAAAGUGUUCAAUCUCUGUUCAAGAAAUUCUCCAUUACUAAUGCAAAGUAUAUAUAUAAAUAUUUUUACUCAA